CGGGGGCGAGAACAUGUCGAGCAUACCUUUCUGGGAGGAGGAAAGGGGGCAUGUAAACCGGAACCGGGAAACGGAGAAACCCCCUUAACCAUCUUAGGCACCCUUAAGCUCUGCCUUAAUGAUGCUGUUUUUAUCUGCAUCUACAUUGAGGGGUAAAGGGGAGUUACCGGCUUCUGCCCUGAAGAGGUUGCAUCGCUCCCUAACCCAGCUCGGGAAGAAAAAAUCCAGUGUGUAUCCGGGUCCGGGGCGCAGAGAGGCCGAGCACAGCCUGGCCACGGCGGCUCCCGACAAACGCAGCAUCCCCGGGAGCCUCCUCUUAGUGACCGCGGAGCGCGCGGACUCGGCGGCCGUUGUCCAGGCGACGGCGCGGCGCGGGCACCCCUGCGGCCCCUCCCCUGGGCGCGCGCGCGGCCUGGGCGCCAUGGCGGCGGCGGGCGAGGCCGCGGGUCCGCAGUGGGCACCGCCUGAGCGCGGCCGGGUCCAAGCGGUGGCUGGGUUGGGCAGCGGCGAGGAUUCGCCGGUGCGGCCACUAUGCAAGCCCCGCGGCAUCUGCUCCCGCGCCUACUUUCUGGUGCUGAUGGUGUUCGUGCACCUGUACCUGGGCAACGUGCUGGCGCUCCUGCUCUUCGUGCAUUACAGCAACGGCGACAAGAGCACCGACCCCGGGCCCCAGAGCCGCGCCCAGAAUCCAGGGCCCGCGCCAACCUUGGGCCCCCUCACCAGGCUCGAGGGCAUCAAGGUGGGGCACGAGCGCAAGGUACAGCUGGUCGCCGACAAGGACCACUUCAUCCGAACUCUCAGCCUCAAGCCGCUGCUUUUUGAAAUCCCCGGCUUCCUGAGUGACGAGGAGUGUCGGCUCAUCAUCCACCUGGCACAGAUGAAGGGGUUGCAGCGCAGCCAGAUCCUGCCCACUGAGGAGUACGAGGAGGCAAUGGGCACAAUGCAGGUCAGCCAGCUAGACCUCUUCCGGCUACUGGACCAGAACCGUGAUGGUCGCCUGCAGCUCCGUGAGGUCCUAGCCCAGACUCGCCUGGGAAACGGAUGGUGGAUGACUCCAGAGAGCAUUCAGGAAAUGUACUCUGCGAUCAAGGCUGACCCCAAUGGUGACGGAGUGCUGAGCCUGCAGGAGUUCUCCACCAUGGACCUUCGGGACUUCCACAAGUACAUGAGGAGCCACAAGGCCGAGACCAGCGAGCUGGUGCGGAACAGCCACCACACGUGGCUCUACCAGGGUGAGGGUGCUCAUCACGUCAUGCGCACCAUCCGCCAGAGGGUGCUGCGCCUCACCCACCUGUCACCUGAGAUCGUGGAGCUCAGCGAACCGCUGCAGGUUGUGCGUUAUGGCGAGGGAGGCCACUACCAUGCUCACGUGGACAGCGGGCCUGUGUACCCGGAGACCAUCUGCUCCCACACCAAGUUGGUGGCCAAUGAAUCUGUACCCUUCGAGACUUCCUGCCGCUACAUGACGGUGCUGUUUUAUUUGAACAACGUCACUGGCGGGGGUGAGACUGUCUUCCCUGUAGCAGACAACAGGACCUAUGAUGAAAUGAGUCUGAUUCAGGAUGAUGUUGACCUCCGUGACACUCGGAGGCACUGUGACAAGGGGAACCUGCGUGUCAAGCCCCGGCAGGGCACAGCAGUCUUUUGGUACAACUACCUGCCUGACGGGCAAGGCUGGGUGGGUGACGUGGACGACUACUCGCUGCAUGGAGGCUGCCUAGUCACGCACGGCACCAAGUGGAUUGCCAACAACUGGAUCAACGUGGACCCCAGCCGUGCGCGGCAGGCGCUCUUCCAGCAGGAGAUGGCGCGCUUGGCCCGCGGGGGUGGCGCCGACACGCAGCCCGAGUGGGCCCUGGACCGGGCCUACCGUGACGUGCGUGUGGAGCUCUGAGGGGGCCCGACUAUCCCCCUGCCCUGCUGCAAACCAAAGGCCUGGCCAAUGUCUUGCCCCACUCCUGCCUCCAGCCGCGAUUAGGACGCAGUUUCUAUACUCGUGUUAUUUAUUGUGUACAGACCCCUGUUGCCCCGAGAACGUCAAAUAAAACCCACACGGCUUCCAGUCUCGGGGCCACAAACA